AUUUUUCACAAAAGGCAGUUUAUUACAUCCCGAUAAAUGGUUUCUUACAACCCAAUGGGCGGUUUUUUACAUCCCAAUGGGCGGGAAAAGAUAUAUGUGUUUAUCUACUAAGAAAGUCUAAAUGAGCACACAUUUUUUAUGAGGAUAGACAGGGGAGAAUUGUUGGCGAAGAAGGGCGCAAUGCUAUGGAUUGGGAAGAAGAAGUGCAUACCCAUCACCUAGACACGCUAACCCGCCUUAGACUAUUGAAGGUUUAGAUGCUGAAAUGGAGGAAGCUGCAAACAUAAUAAGAAACCAGAUAAAGCAUUACGAUGGCUACUCCAGCGAACAAAAACUACUUUUUGUUUAUUACAAAAGCGUAAAAUCAUGUAAUGCUGCUAAAUCUGGUAGAUUAGCGGGUGGAAUUGCUGAACGACAGCACAGAAGUGGGCUAAGAAACUCAAAGAGGUCAACGAUUGGAAUACCUUGGAAAAACAAACCAACAAAGUCAACAGGCCAAAGGGGCGGCUUGAAGAAAGACAUAAGAUUCAUUUACUUAACUUUUAUGAUGACAACCCUCAAGCCCAGAUUCUUGAUGUAGUUGC